CGCGACGUUACGGACAUGUAACAACGUAGAGAGUGAAGCAAAUGAAUGAAAUAUGUGACGUUCAUACAGCAAAGCAGCAAAAUAUCGAAUAUCUAUUAAAAUAUGCCACCAAAAACUAAAGAAGUAGCACGAAAAAUAGUAGUACCGGUUAACAGACCAGAAAUUAGUAACGCAAGUUUGAAUUUUGUUCCGAGCGAUGCUGUUGAAGGUUAUCAAGAAAGAAUAGAAACGGACGUCGACUGGACUAUUCAAGAAGAAGCAGCUAGAUAUUCCAAAAAUCGCUACCGCCGACAAGUCCCAGAAGUUCUGUUUUCUCAAGCAUUACAACGAAAAAUUAGUAAAAGCGUGUUAUGUGGCUUUCUCGACAAACAUUCUAAUAUAAGCCUUCAAGAUCAAUGGGAAGUCAUACUACCCACUGUGAUGUGGGAUAACGAAAAAUUUGCUAAUGAAGAAAGUAAAAUAUGCUUUCAAAAUGAUAAUUGCAUCACUGACGACUUGAUAAAUUUAAUUAAAAACGCUGUUUCUAACAAUGACAAAAAGGUUUUGGAAAAUGAUUUUAAGAACGUCAAUAUUUUGAGAGUCAACGAUUGUGAAAUGACCAAAUUAGAUAAAGGGUUAACCGGAUUUCGAAAACUGGUCCGUCUUAAUUUAUGUGGAAAUUUCCUACGUGACAUCGACGCAGGCUUCAUGCCACGUGGACUGAGAGCUCUCGAGAUGCAAAGCAAUUUUAUUGAAACUCUGGAAGUCCUUGCAGCAGGUUUACCAUCCGGUUUGUUAUAUUUAGGAUUGGCCAAAAAUGUUAUAGAUUGUGUUGAAGGCAUUAGUAAAUUACCCGACAGCAUCACAGUUUUGGAUUUAAGCGACAACGACAUCUGUGAUUUGGAAGCUACACUAAAUGCUAUGGCAACAUUACCGAAUCUUGUUUCCCUACAGCUCGCUGGAAACCCAUGUGCGGUUUGUGCGGGCUAUGCACGCUUCACUUUGUCGAAAUUACCCAGACUUCAAUGGUUGGAUAUGCGAGAAGUUCUUCCCACGGAUCGACCAGACGAAAACUUUGAGAUACAUCCAGAUGAUUUGCGCUCCACUUAUUUUAACUUUACUAUAUUCCGGAUAAUUUCUGCCCCUCAGCCUCCAAAGGGAGAUAAGGGUGCUAUAAUGACCUUUCACGUUGAACUGGAACUACCGUUGUUAGAUGCAACGAGAAGAAAUUUCUUAAUGUUUCGCAACAACGAGUCCUUGGUGGAAAUGUUACCGCCGCCAGAAGACGACUUGUGGGAACCGAGCAAAAUUGGAUCGAUGGUCAAAAGUAAAUCAGUUUUAGAGGGUGAAGCAUCAUCGCGUGGAUCUCACAUCUUCCACUUAACGGCGGUGGACUCGCGCGAGAUCCGCCACUACACAACCUUUGAAAGCAAUAGGGUACCAUGGAACAAGAUCAUGAACUUCCAGGAGCCAGCUGUUAGGAUAUUCUGUCCCAAUCUUGUUGGCUUGAGAGACACAUUCCGAACCGUUGUUACUCUGAGACUCGUGUAUACGGUGAGUAUCCCUAUAAAGCAAGGCAAGGGUGAUAAGAAGAGCGUUCACACGAUGAAAGCCGGGCCGCAGGAACAAAGGGCGACGAUAGCGACUAUCAGAUGCUCGUUGAACAGGCCGGACUGGACGCAGGCCUCGCAAGACUACCACUGGGAUGAUACGCUUGAUGAUGACGCUAUUUAUUAUGGCGACGGAGAUCUUUCUACUUUGCAGUACAGUCAAGCUGCUGCAAAAGUUGUUAAAGGUAAAACGGAUACUGACCAAGGAUCCGCGAGGCAGCAACUACCGGAAAAUUUGACGUGUCAUUUUGGAUUUGGCAUCGAUACUCUACGUUCUUAAAAAUACUCUGAAGGAAUUCAUGAAAAUUAUAUAUGAAUAAAAAAAUGUUCUAUAAUAUAUGAUCGUUCCCGAAUGUUUCAAAUUGGAGAUAUUAUUCUGCACGAUAACCUCUUGAGAAAUGACACGGUGCUUCACACUUCAAAGAGAAACCUGACAAUGACCAGCAAAAGAUUUAUUAUUUUCAUGACUACUUGGCGCUCUAUUCUCUUACAUUCCGAUGUUAACAAGCGAGACUGAUGUUUGAAAUAACAAAUCUAAACAUAGAAAUGUCACACUACUGGAACAGUCAAUGUCUUUCGUCAUCUGUUUAUUCUUGGAUGUCGCAAAUAUCAUAAGCCUGAUCGAUAUUCUAUCAUUUUCUUCAUUAACAACUCCAUCAACCGUCUUAUGUAAACAAGCAAGAACCGAACAAAAAUUGACUUUUGUCACCAGAUCAAGCAAGUCGAUACAUAUGCGUCUCUCUUACUUUUUUGUAUCAUUAC